AUGGAAAUUCCAGUGCUCAAUAGAAUUACCGAUCUUCCUUCCCGCCUGACCUCCCUGCCGGACCCUUCUUUUCUUUCCCAGAGUUUAUCGAUUCCCGGAAUCCAAAACGUCUCUCAAGCUUACAGUUUCUGGAAAUGGGGAGCUCUAAUCCUCGCAAUUCUUGCUUCCUUCGGCACCCUCAUCACUAAAAUCAACAUUUUUGCCAUCAGUCUCCGCCGCCUCCGGUUAUUGGCCCCGCAGCCGCUUUCCCAGCAGCUCCACGACGGCGAUUACUCCGACGUCAGCGAUGACGACGAUAUCUGCUCUGUUUCGUCGGCUUCCUCCGUAUCCGAUGACGAAUCGGAAUCCGAAAUAUCGUACGACGACGAAAGUAGUUCGAUUGGGAGAGAUGAACAUUUCCACGUCAGAGGCUCUGGGUAUUACGGCGACGACGGAGAGCAGAAUCGUAACUUGGGACUCCGCCUCCGCAGAAGCUUCGGAGGCCAUCGAUUCUCAUGGUCUGACUUCACGGCCGGCAAGAGCGUCGUCAAGCUCUGGGACUCGUCGUCUCCGUCUACGUUUCUGUCUGCUGACUCGGGCGUGUCGGGGCGCGUGUCUCUAGGUGUUUGGGACACGCGCGUCGGAAGUCGGAUUCCGGCGAUACUCGCUGAUUGGGGCCCGCAGCUCGGGAGAAUCGUUGGAGUGGCGUCAGGCAGUCGACGAGAAGGUUUACGUCAAGGAUGGCGUAACCGGUAA